AUAUAUAUCCAGCUUUACAAAUUGAUACAAGUGACAAUACACUACCAAACAGCAAGCUCAAGAUUCCAAAACUACACAUUCUUACCUUGGGGAAUAUUUAGCUAAUAAUUAUCCUUUAUGCAAAUAGAGAAAUGUCUGGCUGAAGACUUCCAUUCAUUCCAACGUGCAAAAACAGAGCUGGUACAUUCCUGUCUAAAAGCUAUCCAGGAACACAUAAAUGAAGUAAACACUGGGAAAAUGGAAAGACCACUUGAGGCUACCAGAAUGGAAGACAACACUUCACCCUGCUUUCUCAUGGAAAGAAAGACUCAUGUCAAGACUAACCGGAAAGAAGUCAUGCUAGCUAAGCUGAGAAAGAGUUGCACCUGCACGCCACAGAAGCUGAAGAACUUUCUUAUGGACUUCUUUCCCGUUUUACGGUGGCUUCCCAAGUACCGAUGCAAAGAGUACAUUUGGGGGGAUGUUAUGUCUGGGUUAGUGAUUGGGAUCAUUUUGGUGCCUCAAGCAAUUGCAUAUUCACUGCUGGCAGGUCUGAAGCCCAUUUAUAGCCUUUACACAUCAUUCUUUGCCAACAUCAUCUAUUUCUUAAUGGGCACAUCCCGACAUGUCUCAGUUGGCAUUUUCAGCUUGAUAAGCUUAAUGGUGGGACAAGUUGUGGACCGAGAACUUCUCUUGGCUGGAUUUGACUUGAAUGAUGAUGCCUCACCAGCCUCGGGUGAUGGCUCACUGCAGAAUGACAAUCUGUCCAACACAACUGCCUUCAACCUUACCAUUGUGGGGAUAAAUGCCGAGUGUGGGAAAGAGUGCUACGCUAUUGGCAUUGCUACAGCCUUGACAUUCAUGGCUGGAGUGUAUCAGGUUCUAAUGGGGAUCUUCCGUCUGGGUUUCGUAUCUAUGUACCUAUCUGAGUCCGUACUAGAUGGCUUUGCAACUGGUGCUUCCUUAACCAUUUUAACAGCUCAAGUGAAGUAUCUGAUUGGAAUAAAAAUUCCACGUAGCCAAGGGCAUGGGAUGCUUGUUAUUACCUGGAUUAACAUUUUCCGGAACAUUUCUCAGGCUAACCUUUGUGAUGUCAUCACAAGUGCCAUUUGUAUUGUAGUGCUGGUCACUGCUAAGGAACUCGGAGAUCGGUAUAAGCAUAAACUGAAAUUUCCUCUUCCCACAGAGCUGGUAGUUAUUGUUGUGGCAACAUUAGUGUCACACUAUGGUAAGCUAAAUGAAGUGUAUGCAUCCAGUGUUUCUGGAGCUAUUCCAACAGGAUUUAUCCCUCCAAAGGUACCAGAGUUCAACUUAAUGCUCCGAGUUGCUCUAGAUGCUUUGCCUCUUGCCAUAGUCAGUUUUGUCUUCACUGUAUCCCUUUCUGAAAUGUUUGCAAAGAAAUAUGCUUACACCAUCCGAGCCAAUCAGGAAAUGUUUGCUGUGGGGUUCUGCAACAUCAUUCCUUCUUUCUUCCACUCUUUUGCAACCAGUGCAGCUCUGGCAAAAACACUCGUCAAAACAUCUACAGGCUGCCAGACUCAAAUCUCUGGAGUAAUUAGUGCAAUGGUGGUUUUGUUGGUGCUGCUCUUCCUGGCACCUCUCUUCUACUCCUUGCAGAAGUGUGUCCUGGCUUGUAUUAUCAUUGUCAGCCUUCGGGGAGCCCUGAGGAAGUUCCGAGAUGUGCCAGCACGGUACCAUGUGAAUAAGGUGGACACACUUGUUUGGGUAGUUACCAUGUCUGCCUCUGCCUUGGUCAGCACAGAAAUAGGGCUGUUGGUUGGCAUUGUUUUCUCCAUGCUAUGCAUCAUUGUUCGGACCCAGCGGCCACGGACAGCCCUGCUUGCUCAGAUCCAAGACACAAGCUUUUAUGAGGAUGAUUUAGAAUAUGAAAAUCUCUCUACUGUUCCAAAGGUCAAAAUAUUUCGGUUUGAGGCCCCACUUUACUAUGCAAAUAGAAAUUACUUCCUGAAGUCUCUAUACAGAUUGACCAAUUUAGAUCCUAACCUAGAAGCUGCUAUGAGGAAGAAAUAUGAGAAGAAAGAAAAGCAGCAUCUGAAAAAGGGAAAUCACGGAACUCCUAAUGGACUGGGCAUUGGAGAAACCACUUUGCAACUAGUUCCUAAGCAAAUUGAGUUCCAAGCCCUUGUUGUAGAUUGCUCUUCCAUCUCAUUUUUGGACACCACUGGAGUUAAUACUUUAAAGGAAAUCCUGAAAGACUACAAGAAUUUAAACAUUUCUGUUCUCUUGGCUUGCUGCAAUCCCUCAGUGAUAGACUCUCUGAAAAGGGGAGGUUACUUUGGAAAGGAUUUUGGAUGUAUGCAGGAAAUGCUAUUCUACAGUAUACAUAAUGCUGUGCUGUUUGCAAAAGACCAAAAGCUUCCAGCAGAUUGUUCAGUUUAA